AUGUCGUCUUCACCAACGCCGGGAUCAGCGCCGGCUCCGACGUCACCCCCAGCGCCACCCACCAACAGUAGUACCACCCCGCCGCCGGCCGCCGGCGCUCCACCACCUUCUACACCAGCGCAAGCUCCUCCACCGUCGACUCCUUCCCCGCCGCCACCUUCCACUCCAGCUCCGUCCACUUCUCCCCCGCCGCCGGCGACGCCGUCCACGCCGGCUCCGUCGGGGACUCCCCCGUCGACUCCUUCUCCACCUUCCAGCUCCCCGUCCCCUCCCUCGGGCACGUCUCCUUCUACUCCGGCGCCGCCGUCGCGGUCCACCCCCUCGCCGCCCGGGACAAGGGAUUCGCCAUCGCCGCCAGCUCCUAGAAGCGGAGGCGGAGGAGGAAGCUCUUCCACCCCAUCCCCGCCGUCUGAUGGUGGAUCGUCGGGGAUAUCGACAGGGUUGGUGGUGGGAAUAGCCAUUGGAGGAGUAUUGAUAUUGGCAGUGCUGAGUUUGAUGUUCAUUUGUUGUAGAAGGAAGAGGAGAAGAGAUCAUGGACAUUACUACCCUCCACCACCACCACAACCACCUUCUGGGCCUAAAGUUGAUCCUUAUGGUGGCCAAAUGCAACAAUGGCAGCAUUAUGCUCCACCGCCUUCCGAUCAUGUUGUUACGAUUCCUCCGAAGCCCACUCCUCCUCCUCCAGGGGCAUCACGUCCUCCGCUCUCUCCUUCUCGGGUUCCGACACCUCAACCGCCACCCCCACCUCUGCCUUACAUGAGCAGCAGUGGAGCUUCGUCCAAUUAUUCAGGGUCUUCGAAUCCACUCCCACCACCUUCACCGGAUAUGGCCUUAGGUUUCUCGAAGAGCACGUUCACUUAUGAAGAAUUGGCAAGGGCAACUGAUGGCUUCUCUGAUGCUAACCUUCUUGGACAAGGCGGUUUUGGCUAUGUGCAUCGGGGAGUUCUUCCUAAUGGCAAAGAGGUUGCGGUUAAGCGGCUAAAAGCUGGAAGUGGACAGGGCGAGAGGGAAUUCCAAGCCGAGGUUGAGAUUAUUAGCCGUGUUCAUCAUAAACACCUCGUUUCUUUAGUUGGGUACUGCAUCACGGGGUCUCAGAGAGUGCUUGUCUAUGAGUUUGUGCCGAAUAAUACCUUGGAAUUUCACUUACACGGAAAGGGAAGGCCUCCAUUGGAUUGGUCCAUGCGACUUAAGAUUGCUUUGGGUGCCGCAAAAGGAUUGGCAUAUCUGCAUGAAGACUGCAAUCCAAAAAUCAUUCACCGAGAUAUCAAAGCUGCCAAUAUACUCCUGGACUUCAAAUUUGAGGCAAAGGUGGCUGAUUUUGGACUUGCGAAACUCACUUCUGACGUUAACACUCAUGUCUCAACACGAGUAAUGGGCACAUUUGGGUACUUGGCCCCAGAAUAUGCUUCCUCGGGGAAACUUACUGACAAGUCUGAUGUGUUCUCGUACGGGGUAAUGCUUCUAGAGUUAAUUACUGGGCGUCGACCUGUUGAUUCUAACCAAGCUUUCAUGGAUGAUAGCUUGGUGGACUGGGCAAGGCCUCUACUCAAUCGAGCUCUGGAAGAUGGAAACUUUAAUUCCCUUGUUGAUCCACGGCUAGAAAAUGAUUACAACCAAAAUGAAAUGUCACGUAUGAUUGCUUGUGCAGCUGCUAGUGUCCGUCAUUCUGCCAGGCGUCGACCUAGAAUGAGCCAGGUUGUUAGGGCUCUAGAAGGAGAUGUGUCGUUGUCUGAUCUUAACGAAGGAAUCAGGCCGGGGCACAGUGCAGCAUACAGUUCAUACGGAAGUUCAGAUUACGAUACAAUGCAAUACAAUGAGGACAUGAAGAAAUUCAGAAAGAUGGCCCUGGGAAGCCAAGAAUAUGGCAGCACUGGCCAGUACAGCAAUCCAACGAGUGAAUACGGGUUAAACCCUUCCGGAUCGAGCAGCGAAGGCCAAACAACGCAAGAAAUGGAAAUGGGUAGGAUGAGGAAAGACAGUAGAGGGUACGGUGGUGGAAGUAAGGGCUUCAACUGAAGGUACUGUGUCGUCUAUGUUCAGAUGCGCAUAUCUGUGUAUAAACUCUACAGGCUAACCCUUACUGUCUCGGCAAUUGCAAGAAACUGCGUGAAUUGUGAAUUGCUUAGCCAACGAGCACAAAUUUUUUUUUUUUCGUUUCCUCCUGAAUUUUGUGUGAAAUAUUCUUACAUUACAUUUUUUCCCCAUCAUUGUAUUUAUUGUGACCUAUAUAUACACCAAAAAGGGAUGAGAUAUUGCUUUAAUUCUUUUCUGUUCAUAUCUUUAGUUUAUCCUCAAUUGGUUGUUCAUGUUUGUUCAGACUUUUGUCUCAGCUUCUUGCUCUGUACGCACAUGAUUUCUUGAAUGAAUAUUUUGUCAGUUGGAUUUGUA